AUAGCUUAACUCCCUAACAGCCACUAGGCAACAGGCAAACCAGCGAGUCAAGUCAGUCAACACCGCGGAGUGCAAGUCAUCCUGACUACGCUGUUUCAGCAGCGGCGGGGGCUGUCCUGCAGAGUCGCUCCUCCAGCAGCAGCAGCAGCAGGUCCGGGACAGAAGUGAGAGAUUCGCCCGUCGGCACAUUGCGACACAGAAAGCCGCUGUGUGAGCAGCCUGUUAGCUUAGCCACCGAGAGACCACAUGGACCCCCAAAACACCAGCACUGAGGCGAGGAUGCUGCUGAGCCACGCCGAGACUCUGCGGCUGCACACCGGGAACCUGGUGAGCCGGAGCCGGCUGAAGAAGAAGUGUCCCGGCUCCCCCAGCGAGGAGCUUCGAGACUGUAUCCAGGCCACCCUGAAUGAUUGGUUUUCCACGACAAAACCUUCAACCAAGGAUCCUCCAGGCAUGCUGGACUGCUUCAUCACUGAGGCAACAGACGCUAUCACACCUGAGGAGAGGGAGGAGGUGAAGGUAUCAGUGAAGCUGUUCCUUUGUGAGUCAAAUCAGUCAUCCAUCAGAGAUGCGGUGGAGUUAGCCUGCCAGACACUGGCAGUGUCUCAGCUUGACUCAGUCAUAAUAGCGCCCUCUGCACCCUUGGAGGGUGACAACCAAACUCUGGCUGACCUUCAGCCGGCGUGGAAGCAGCUGGAGGCGCUCGUCCGGAGCCAACAGAUCGCCGCCAUCGGUACCUCUGACCUGGACAAAGAUCUGCUGGAGCAACUCCACAACUGGGCUCAGGUGAAGCCCAGCAGUAACCAGGUCAACCUGGCCUCCUGCUGUGUAAUGCCUCCUGACCUGACUGCUUUUGCUAAAGAAUUUGACAUCCAGCUCCUCACACACAAUGAUCCCAAAGAGCUCAUGUCUGCAGCAACAUUCCAGGAAGCGGUGCAAGAGGGUGUGCAGGACCUAAACAUUGGAGACUGGAGACUGGAGUGGGUCCUGCGUUACUCUGUUAUCGUUAAGAGCAGAGGCAUCAUUAAGUCCAAGGGUUACCUUGUCAGUGCAAGGAAGGCAAGCCCCUAGCAGCCAACUGCAUAAACAAUAAAAAAAAGACACAGGGACGAAGCCAUUGCCCAACGUUUUCACUCAGUACACAUGUGAAUUAAUAACUCUUAAAAAUGGAAGCUACCAAUCACCUCGAGUCAUUGUUUUAUCUGACAGAUGAGUUACAUCUUCGUCAUCUGUGAUUCAUUCUAUUUAUCAGAUGCAGGUAUUCACUGUCGUAGCAACAUUGAGCUCCAAAAGCAGAAGAUGAAUUCCUGUGUCAGUUCUAGAGAGGAACAUUGAUGUUUUUCUGAGACAGUCAAUAGAUAUGUGGCUUAUCGGCAAUGUAGUUUGUCACAAUGAAGGACAAUGUUUGCCACUACUCUUUCAUCAAAGAUUUCAUAAUCACGUUGUAAAGUGCCUCUCACUUGUUUAUCCUUCUAUUUUGAUGUCUGCUUUGUCUCCGCUGUGUCUGAAUGAUGAUAAAUUAGUGAUUUAGUACCAUUAGAACCAGUCAAACCUUCAUAUGGGAAUAAUUAAUUUUUAAAAAGAGAGGAAGCACUUCCAAGAAUUAAAAAAAAUUGGAUUUUUUUUUUUUUUUUUUUUUUUACCUGCUGGACAGUAAAUUAUCCACAUUCCUGAACCAAGAAGACUGACCCAUUAAUUCAAACCAAAGUAUGUUCCACACAUUCUAUCAGACUUUAUCCAAUUCAACAGGCAGCCAUGUGAUCAUAGAUGAUUUUACCUGUUUAUCACCCAUGCACAUGAGAUUAUUUUGAAUCCAGUGUUUUUUUUAAGCACUUGAAACUUUACACAACUGGAUUUUUAAAAAUAAUUUAGUCUGAUUGCGGUGUUAUUUAUGUAUCAUGGGCUUUUUUGGCUUGGUUCCAGUAAAUCCUCAAGUUGUCUCUUGUACUGUAAACAUAUUUAAUUUUCUCAUAUACUGUAUCUGUUCAUGAAUUGGCUGUAUUAAAGUAUUCAACUAGA